AUGGGAAUCGUAGGAAUGGCAAAUGUAGGUAAAUCAUUAACUUUUAAUUUACUUUGUAAAUAAAAUGUUCCUUCAGAUAAUUUUCCUUUUUGUACAAUUGAUCCUAAUACAGCGAUAGUAAAAGUUCCUGAUUAAAGAUUUUAAUAUUUAGCAGAUAUUUUUAAACCUUAAAGUUAAAUACCUUCUACUUUAUAAAUUACUGAUAUUGCAGGAUUAGUUAAAGGAGCAUCUGAGGGACAUGGAUUAGGAAAUGAAUUCUUAUCACAUAUUCAAGAAAUAGAUGGAAUUUAUUAAGUAGUAAGAGCUUUUGAAGGAGAAAAUAUAUUACAUACAGAAGGAAAUAUGGAUCCUUUAAGAGAUUUAGAGAUUAUAAGUUAAGAAUUAAUAGCGAAGGAUUUAUAAAUAGUAGAGAAGAAAAUAGGAUAAAUAUCAACUAAAGCCCAAAGAAGUGGAAAUGCGGAAUUAAAAUAAUAAUUAUUAGUAUUAGAAAAAUCGAAAAAUCAUUUAUAGAAUAAAAGAUGGUUAAGAUUUUAAUAAUGGAGUGAUAAAGAAAUAGAAGAAUUAAAUAAAAUAUUACUUUUAAGCACAAAACCUGUUUCUUAUUUAAUAAAUAUAAGCAAAAAGGAUUAUUUAGAAAAUAAUUGCAAAUUUAUCCCAGAAAUCAAAUAAUGGGUAACAGAAAAAGGAGGAGAUAGUUAAGUUAUUUAGUAUUCGGCUUGUUUUGAAUAAGAAAUUUAAGAUAAAACUGAAUUUCAAGAUAAAUCUUAAAUUCCAAAAAUUAUUCUUAAUGGAUAUUCUUUAUUAAAUAUGCAUCAUUUUUAUACUGUAGGAACUGAUGAAGUAAGAGCUUGGACUAUAAGAAAAAAUAUUGUAGCUCCAAAAGCUGCUAGUGCCAUACAUACUGAUUUUGAAAAAGGAUUUAUUAGUGCGGAAGUAAUUUCUUAUAAAGAUUUCGAAAAACUAGGUAAUUAAGCAUUUGAUAAAUUCGCAAAGAAAAUGAAUAAAUAAGGAAAGGAUUAUAUUGUUUAAGAUGGAGAUAUUAUUCAUUUUAAAUGCAAAAUAGUUAAAUGA